UACAAGUUUUAUGGAAGCCAGAAACUGACACACCAAUAUAAAUAUAAAUGGGUAAAUCCACAGCCUAUAGUGUGUUACCACACUCGUUUGCAACUUGCACAUCACAGAUUGUCUUAGUUGACCCAACACACGCGUGCACAAUUUUAAACACUCUCUUCACAAACUUUUUUCUUUUACUACCGUGUUAUAACGAAAUAAAAAAAUAUUCAAAACUCUUAAAAUCUUCCUUGCAAGAAUGUCGCUUCCAGAAAUCCCCCACACUAUUUUCACUCCCAUCACGCCCCAACACCGUCCCUACAUCACAAUCGUCGAACAACCCUUCAGGUACCACCGGUUCCGUUAUACCCAAGAAGGAAGACCCAUCCCGAUCCCGGGCGCUUCAAGCACUCCAGAAAAUAAAACUUCCGUUGCCAUCCAGGUUCACGGUUAUGAGGGGCGACUAAGGGUAAUUGUGUCUUGUGUUACAAGAGACCCACCUUAUAGACAACAUCCGUACCAACUGGUAGGUCGCAAGUGCCAAUUUGGAGUUUGUUAUUUCGAAGAAGAAGUUACGGCCGCUAGCUCUACUAUAACUUUACCGAAAAUGGCGGUACGGUGUCUGAAGAGAGCUGAGCUAAAGGAGUCCUUGAGAGUUAGAGAGGAGAAGAAUGUCGACCCUUUUCAAAGGGGCUUUCAACACAAUGAGGAUGUUAAAUCUUUGGAUUUGACUGUAGUGAGGUUGUGUGUCCAGGUUGUCUUGCUUGGUGAAAAUGGCAACACAAGGAUUGGUAUUAGUCCUAUUGUCAGUGACCCUGUUUAUAACAAGAGGUUGUUUUUUUAUCCGUUUAUUCAUAAGUUGUCGCAUUGCAGUAGUUACGUUGACGGUAAAAAUCACAACUCUGAACAAAUCAUUCUUCUGGGUUGUAAAGUGGUACACGGUGAUAUAAGGAUUCGAUUUUUUGAAACGAUGAAUGACCAGGUUGUGUGGGAAGAUUUUGGUUCUUUUCAAUCCGACGAUAUCUACAACAAGACAGCGAUUUGUUUUAAGCCACCGAAGUACCAUAAUCAAGACAUCGUGGAGCCUGUUACAGUAUGGGUUCAGUUGGUACGACCAAGUGACGAGGCGGCAAGCUCGCCGGUUGAAUUUGAGUACCUUCCGCUACCAACAGGUACUUGUACAAACGCACCAGGAAUUGUAAAGGAGAGCAAGAGGAGGAACACGAAAACUGUCCAACUUGUAAAACGAGCAAGAAUGGACAUCAAUGAACCGUUUCCUAUGGAACUUCUAGAUUUGAUCCCUGAUCAACUAGAAGUGGCUCAAAAUGUCAAAAGCAUUAACCAGAGAGAGUGUUCCUCAUCCUCUGGAAGUAUUCAAAGUGAUCAUCUAACUGGAGCAUAGCUUCAGCAGAUGUUGCGCUAGGUACUAUUGUAAAUAAUAGGCAGUUGUUUUAGUUGCACCUUUCAAAAC